UCAUCUGGCCACACCCCGGGAUCACUCAACAGCUCUGCCUCCUCACCGGUGAUUGGCCACGGGAACUGUAGCUCAGGAGAGGUACACAGGUGGCCAAUCACCGGCGAGGAGGUGGAGCUUGGAGAAGCGAAUGAAGAGAAGGAAGACAGCUGACCAAUGGUGCUUCUGCAGCCAGGUAUGCGGACUGUAGAUGGGAGAGGGAGGGUGCGUGAGCCACCAGGGUAUGCGGACUGUAUGCGGACUGUAGAGGGGAGGGAGCGAGCCCAGGCUGGAGCAGGGGUCAGCAAAGUAUCAUUGGUGUCAGUGGGA